AUGGACCUAAAACUGACCCACCAUGAUGUGAAUUGGGUGUACAAUCUCCACCACCUGAAAGGGCAGGGGUAUUAUCUUAGAUCGAGAUAUCCCAAGGUGAAGCUAAUCCAAUGCCUUCCCACUUCGAACAAGAACCUAAAGGAGGAUUUCCUUAUCUUCUCCGGGGAAUGGCAUAAUGGUCUACCAUGCCCCACGGUGGAAGGAGUACCAGAUAAACGUUACACAAAGCCCAACCUUAGGUUAGUCAAUAAGGCGAGCUUGGAUAAGGUAUUGAAAGCCGAGAUAUACGUGAACGAAGCUGAUGGCCAGCUCCGGGCAGCACAUUUAAUCCUCGGCUAUACCCCCCUAUCAUCCGCUUUCCAGGCGCCGAAGUACGUUAUAAGAGCCCGCGAUCCUCGGCUUCACCGUAUCAGUGUUGCCUAUACAGGGUUCAUAGUCCUAGAAGGUAUUCCACUUCCCCAAUAUACAUCCCAUACCGGGCCUCUUUUCGUGGCCAAACCCUCGGCAGGAGUCUCUUCAUCCCAGCUUACCCCCCGAGAAGAGGAAGUAGAAGAGAGAAAGGAAGAGGAAAAAGACAAGGAAGAAGUUGUAGAGGUCUCUGAAACCUCAGACGACUUUGGGAUUUUUGAUCAAUCCAUAAACUCUGGGGAAGAUCCUGAUGAGAUGGGGAUACAGAGAAAACCCCAAAGAAGCUUGCUGGAGUUGAUGGAAGGUCAGCCGGGAAAGAGUGCACCGGUAAAAUCAACACAAUCCCAGGUUCCAUCUCUUCCCGCUAGGUCUCCUCCUCCUGCUCCUCGCCAGCCUUCUCGUCAACCUCCUCAGCCAGCUCGUCCUGACGCUGCCGAGUUAAAAAGGCGCAGGGAGCAAAAGGGGAAGGAGGUGGCAGACAUUGGCAAGUCUCGUCCUACUCGCGAGGAUGAUACCCAACGAGCUGCAAAGCAGCAAAAAACCAGGCACCAAGUUACGCGAGGCCAAGAGAGAUCUGAUUCCCAACUUUCAGAGCCACAAGCAUGGUUGCCAGCACCUAUGCACAGUGGGGAGCCCCUGCGAGAUGAUGCAUCUAUGAGGGACUUCAACAGCGGCAUAGGGUGUCACGUAGCCUCGGCCAUAGAGGAAGCCUUAUUGCUCCCAAAAGAUAUGGCCGAAAUAAAGAAUAUGAGAAAGAAUGAACUCAUCCUCGACAAUAAAAGAUACUUAAGCAUGAUUAUCCAAAAUACUUUCAAGCUGAAUGAGAUGCUCAAUAUCUGCUCCAAUCAGCUAGAUGAUGAAAGGAAGAGACGGACAAUGGCUAUACAGACCUUGUCCAAAUUUGAACAGGACUUGGCCGAUGUAAAGAAAAAGUUACAUGCUGAAGAGCAAGCUCGCAAGAGCGCCGAGUCGGCACUAGAAGGUUAUCAAAAGCAGGCCGAGGACCAGGGGAACCACUUGCGUGAGGCGAAUGCCGAACUGAAGAAGGCUCAGGAACAAGUCCUAGUUCUUAAGAAGCACUCGAAGGAAACCCAAAAGGUAAGGGAGCGAGCUGAAAAGUCUAGGGAGGAAGCCGAGAAAGCAAAAAUCGAGGCCGAACGGGCAAUGAAUGAAGCUGAGCAGAGAAGCUAUGAGGUUGGUAUAGCUGAGAGUGAGGAGGCUUUGAAAGCCGAGGUUCCGGCGAUGUGCCGUAUCUACUACGUAAAAACUUGGGAUGAGGCCCUUAACCGUGCUGGGGUGGAGGCUUCAUCUAAGUUACGUAAGCCAGAGAACGUAUUCUAUCCUGAGGCGAUCCGUCCCUCAGCUUUUCUACCCCAUCAAGCUGAAACUCCUCCUUCGGUCGUUAACCCCAAUGAGGAGGUUUUGCCUUGCAGUUUUCCUCUCUCUGGCCAGCCAGAAUCAGCUAAAGGGGGGAUUGCCCCUCCAGGAGCUUCCUCGGACAAGACCGCAACUACUUCGGAGGCAGAGACGGCCUUCCAAAGUUUUCAACAGGAUUUGGCUUCCACAGUCUUGCCAACUGGGGGCGUUACUAGGGAUAAAGAGGAAAUCACUACUUCGAAGGCAAACAAAUCUGCCAGCCAGGCCCUGAAGAUCCAAUUCAAAUUGAAAAAAUAG